CCGGGCUCCCCGCGCUGCCCACCCCCGCCUCUGGCCCUGUCUUCGCUCGGCCCCCGUGGCAGUUCUCCAGCCUCCUGCCCGGUCUCCCUGCGUGUUCCCCUCUUGCCCUCCAUCCCCACGGCCAGCCCCUGACCAUGCCUGUGCUGCAGACUCUCCUGGACAUGAUGGUCGCCGAGGAGGAGAGCCUGAAGGAGCGUCUCUUGAAGAGCAUUGCCCUGUGUCGGAAGGAGCUUGACACCCUCUGCAGGGAGCUCCAGCUGGAUCCCUUUGAGGUAGAGGAAGAAAGUACCAUUCUGCAGAUGGAGAAGAGUUUGCGCACCCGUGUGGAAGUGAUGUUAAAGCAGAAAAGGGAUAGGAAGCAGGAGCUGAAAACCUUGCAAGAACAGGAUCGAGACUUGUGUGACAUCCUCUGCACAGCCCCAUUCUGUAUUGACAGCAAUGCCGUGCCCAGUCUGGAGGACCUGGAUCGUUACCGGCGCCACUUGGCCUCCCUGACCACCGAGAGGGAGCAAAGGCGAGAAGAGUUUGUCAGCAGCAAGCGGCAAAUCAUCCUCCUCAUGGAGGAGCUGGACCACACUCCAGACACAAGCUUUGAGCGGGACGUGGUGUGCGAGGACGAGGAAGCCUUCUGCCUGUCCACGGACAACAUUGCUGCCCUCCAGAAUCUGCUGCAGCAGCUGGAAGCCCGGCAAUCCCUGAACGAAGCUGUGUGCACCGAGCUGCGCUCCAGAAUCAUGGCGCUUUGGGAAAGGCUGCGGGUUCCUGUGGAGGAGAGAGAGUUGUCUGCGGUGCACAUGACUGGAUCCAGAGCCAAAACCAGGAAAGCUCUGCAGUUGGAAGUGGAUCAUCUGGAGGAGCUGAAGCUGCAGAACAUGAAAUCCGUGAUUCAGGCAAUCCGGGCAGAGCUGGCUGGCUACUGGGACAAAUGCUUCUACAGUCAGGAGCAGAGGGAAGGCUUCAGCCCCUAUUACGAUGAGGACUAUACAGAGACCCUGCUCGAGCUCCAUGAUGCUGAGGUGAGGAAGAUGAAGAGCUACUAUGAAACACACAAAGAUCUGUUUGAAGCUGUCCAGAAAUGGGAGGAGAACUGGAAGCUGUUCCUGGAGCUGGAGAGGAAAGCAACUGACCCCAGUCGCUUCGCUAACCGUGGGGGGAAUCUGCUGAAAGAAGAGAAGCAGCGAGCAAAGCUGCAGAAGACCCUUUCCAAGCUGCAGGAGGAGCUGGAGAGCAGGGUCCUGGCCUGGGAGCAGGAGCACGAGGGGACUUUCCUGGUGAAGGGGCAGCAGUUCAUGGAGUACGUGGCGGAGCAGUGGCAGCUGUACCGCCUGGAGAAAGAGAAGGAGAAACAGGAGCGGCACCUGAAGAAAAGCCGCCAGAUUGAGACGGAGAUGAUGUAUGGGAGCACCCCGCGGACGCCCAUCAAGCGGCGAGUGCUCGGCCCCCACACACCUGGCAAACUCAAUGGCACUUCCAUCUCCAACGCCACACCCAACAGCACUGUGCGCUCAGUUUUUGGGGGAACCAUCUACCACUCGCCAACAUCCCGGUUGCCACCUUCCGGAGGGAAGCUUGGCCAGGCUCAGACACCCAGCCGUGCGGCUGUGAAGCCCCCCCGUCCCAGACACAGGGAGAGGAACAAGGAGAACGUGUCCCAGCUGAACGGAACCACCCUGAGCGGUGGGUGCACCCCCACAGCCCCUGCCCAGCGUAACCACAGCAUUAAUUCUGUUGCCAGCACCUAUUCUGAGUUUGCGCGCGAACUUUCAAAGGCUUCCAGGUCUGACAAUAGCUCCCGCAUCCUGAACUCCACCACCACCCACGCCUUCUGAUGAGGCACUGCCUGCCAGGCUCCAGCUCCUCGUAGUCAUAGUGAGUCGCUUCUCCAGCAGAACGUUGUGCAGCUCCCGACAUGCCUGUGCGGUGGGGUAACUUUUACCUGGGUCCCAGGCGCUGCUCCAGCCAGCCUGGCCCUCUGGGGGGUGGGGUGGGUUCCUGCCUGCCGGGGUAGGGUGUGAAAGGGGCACUUUUAAAAACUUGCUUUUAUUUGGGGAAUUCUUACAGAUGUUUGUGAUUAAAGAUUUGAGUAUGCUGUCAUGUUAGGGUAGCGCAGCAGUGGGUGCUGGCUCCUGCCACAGCCUGGCCGGCUGCGGUGGGCGUUGGUGCUCAGUCACGGGGGCUCUGCCCCCCUGAGCAUGCUCUGGGACAGACGGGGCCUAUUUGCUGAGAGCUGGCUCUAGUGCCUUCCGUCGCAGGCUUCCCCCCCGCCUCCACUUCUGUAGCUAUUGUCCAUCAGCAUCUGCCUUUCUCACCAUGACAGCAGCCUUGCUUUAGUGGGGGCUUUAGCUGCCGUUCCUGUAGCAGGCUUUGCUUGACCUGCGUGCUGGGCUUGCCCCUGCUGCCAGCUGGGCCCCGUGCUGAGGGUCUCCUUGGCUGGGGGUCCUAGGGAGGGAGCAGCAGGGCACUUCGCAGGAGGCAAGCCUGACCCGGCAUCCUCCUGGAGCCCGAUGGCCAUACAGCUUGUACCCUGCCCUGUUCCCGAGCCACGGAGGGGCAGAGCCUGUAGCUGGGGGUGCCAGAGCACACGUUGCUAGCAAGGAAGCGAGCUACAUGGGGGAAGGCCGCCUUCUAUGACAGAAGAAGGACCUCUCCCUGCC